AUGAUAAACCUCAACGAGGACUUCGGACCGACGCUAUGGGUGGUAAACAGCAUCUUCAUUGUGCUAGCGACUUUCGCCGUCUUUGGACGCUUUGCGGCGCGACGACUGCGAAAGAUGCCGCUUGGGGCCGAUGACUGGAUGAUUUGUGUCGCGCUGUUCUGGGACUGGGUUCUCUACGGAAUUUUCAUCGGCUGCCGAAUGAAUGGCCUCGGCAAGCACCGCGCAGCCCUCCCACCCGAAAAAGUUGCCAUAUUCGCGGAACUUCUCUACUUCUUCCAAAUCUUCUACGUCCUCGCACCACCCAGCGUCAAACUCUCUCUGCUAUUCCUGUACCGGCGAAUCUUCGAGCACUCGCGGUUCCUCCGGCUAGUCUACGGCGUGGUCGGACUGAUCGUGGUCUGGGCGAUCAUCAUGACAUUCCUCUCCAUCUUCAACUGCAAGCCGAUCAGUGCGUUCUGGACGACGAAAGGGACGUGUUUGGAUUUUCGGCAAUUCGCAAUUGGAUACGCGAUAGUAAAUAUCAUCACCGAUUUCGCCGUGUGGUUGAUGCCGAUUCCAUCAGUGUGGAAGAUCCAGUUGCCCCAAGCGCAGAAGAUCGCUUUAUCGUUGAUUUUUGCAAUAGGGCUUUUGUACGUCUCCCUUCCUCUUCCUUAUAAACCAGGAAGUAAAUGGAAUUGGCAAACUUCAAGAGCCUUGACUGGAUCAAUACCUAAUAUUUACAGUGACUGCGCCGCCGCAAUAGCCCGCCUCAUAUUAUCUAUGCUUGUUCUCGGCGAGUACGACACAACCUGGCUGUACGCCAAGGGAUACAUGUGGUCUAUAAUCGAAGUAUCCACGGGCAUAGUCUGCACCUGUCUCCCCACCAUGCGCAUCUUCCUCAAAGCCGCAUUCGGCGGCCGGUUCGCCCGACUCUUUGGGCUGUCGAGCGGAAAAGCGCGCCAGCAGCGCCCAAGCACAACACCCUGGUCACGCACAGACGAGUGCUAUAACGAGACUGGGGAGACGCGAAUCAUAAAAUUGUCUUCGUCUGGUCAUCGGACGGAACUCACGGAUUCGAAUUCCCACGACCCCGAGUGGGACGCGAUGUCGCAGCGGAUUUUGGUGACGAAUGAGGUCAAUAUUGAGAUGCAGCCGGUUAAAAAGACAGCUGUUAUGAAGAUAUGA